AAACACUGUUCUGUCAGCUGGUGAAUGGCUCUAUCCAUGUGGAACUGAGGACACCCCCACAUUCACUCCCUCUCCUGUCCGUCGGUCCGUCUCUCUAAAACAAGCACAGCAUCUCUUUCCUUUUCUCUUCUUGACACACGGCAAUCAUGUCCGCAAACGGCGCCGACGGGGACCUGCUGCAGAUCCCGCUGGGACUCAUCAACAGCGCGGGGAAGUAUCUGACGGCGGAGACUUUUGGCUUCAAAAUCAACGCCUCGGCCAGCAGCCUGAAGAAGAAGCAGACCUGGACCCUGGAGCAGACCGGGGAGGACGGCAGCGCCGUGUUCCUCCUCUCCCACCUGGGCCGCUACCUCGCCACGGACAAAGACGGCAACGUUACCGCGGACAGCGAGACGCGCGGCCGGGACUGCCGCUUCGUCAUCACCGCGCACGAGGACGGGCGGUGGUCCCUGCAGUCCGAGCCCUAUGGCCGGUACCUCGGCGGCAGCGAGGACCGGAUCACCUGCUUUGCGCAGACUGCCUCGCCAGCAGAGAAAUGGAGCGUACACCUGGCUGUCCACCCGCAGGUCAACCUCUACAGCUUUGCGCGCAAACGCUUCGCCCACCUGAGCGCGCAGGGGGAGCGGCAGGAGGUGUCCAUAAACCGGGAUAUUCCGUGGGGAUUCGACUCGCUUGUGACACUGGUCUACCGUGACCAGCGCUACCACCUCGAGACGUCUAACAACCGCUUCCUCCGCAACGAUGGCACCCUAUCCACAAUAACGGACAAGGACACCGGCUACAUGCUGGAGUUCCGCUCCGGAAAAGUGGCGUUUCGCGACUGCAACGGCCGCUACCUGGCGCCCGUGGGCCCCACCGGCACAAUGAAGUCCGGGAAAAGCACCCGGGUCGGGAAGGAUGAACUGUUUGGCCUGGAGCGCAGCCACGCGCAGGUCGUGGUGACUGCGGGCAAUGAGAGGAACGUCUCCACGAGGCAAGGCAUGGACCUGUCAGCCAAUCAGGACGAGGAAGGGGACCAGGAAGUCUUCCAGAUGGAGAUGAGCCGUGAGGACAGGAAGUGUGCCUUCAGAACCUCUGCUGGAAAAUACUGGACUCUGACAGCAAGUGGAGGACUGCAGUGCACUGCCUCCACCAAGUCAGCCAACAGCUUCUUUGAACUGGAGUGGCGUGAUGGUCGUGUGUGUGUGCGUGCAGCUAAUGGCAAAUAUGUGAUCGCUAAGAAGAACGGGCAGCUAGCUGCUACUGUUGACAAUGCAGGGGAGGCUGAGCAGUUCCUGAUGAAACUGAUCAACCGUCCAAUCAUCGUCCUUCGUGGGGAGCACGGUUUCAUCGGGGCUCGUAAAGCCGGAACGGCGACCCUUGACUCCAACCGAGCAUCGUACGAUGUUUUCCAACUGGAGUUCAGUAAUGGAGCUUACUCCCUCAAAGACUCCCAGGGGAAGUAUUGGUGCGUUGGAGACGACACGGCAGUGGUGUGCAGCAGCUCCACACCUGUCCAGUUCCUGUUCGAGUUCUGUGACCUCAACAAGAUGGCCAUUUGUGCUCUGGGGGGGAAGUACCUUAAAGGAGACCAUGCUGGGGGGCUCAAGGCCACCGCCGACUCCCUGGACAGCGCCACCCUCUGGGAAUACUGAAAGCACAGCUGGACUUCUCCACUGUCUGACACAAUGCUUCAAACUAUUGAUAGAUACUGUAGGUAGCUGUUUUUUUGCGUAUAUGUGCGUGCCUGUGUGUGUGCCUGUGCGUGUGUGUGUGUGUAAUUGUGAUUUUGUCUGGAUGGAUGUGUGGUGGAAACUGAAGCUGAUAAACUGGAAGUCAUGGCACCAAAGCACUACCGGUGUUUUAUUUUGUAUUAUUUUUCUCUCUCAAUCAGUAUCUCUUCUUACUGGGCUUUUUACUGGAGAUUUGGGUUAACAUUGACUUGUUGUUUAAUGAAUGAAUCAUAGUGUGGUUGCGCAUUAAUUGUUUCACUUCCAGUCAAAUUUUUACACAAGCUUUACCUGAUAAACGUCAGGGCAAUUACUGUUAUUAGUUGUGCCUAUCUGUGGUAACUACUGGUGUAAACGAACAAGUAGAAUGCUAUAACUCAUAACUUACAAUAUCUAACCUUCUCCUGCUAAAUGUCCUGCUGGCUCUAUUGUGCUGCUUUCAUCUCCUGCUCUCUUUCAAACGCUAAAGCAUAACACACAAUAGAUGAAGGGAUGGUACUGAUUUACGUACAUGUUUCUGCUGUAAAUAAGGCUUUCUUUGUCACUGAACUCUUCAAAACAUUAUAACCAUAGGAACAUUUAAGUGCAAAAGUGUGUGAAGGCCGUAAAGAAUGAAAUGGGAUGUGGCUGUCAGAUAUAACAUGUUCUUCGCCUGUGUGCUACAUACCUGCGUACCUCUCCAGUUUUCCCUUGUCACCCUUAGAUGCGCAGGCAGACAAAAUCUGUGUAUAGACAGAUGCAUCUACACAAUGUGAUCAAAUGUUUCUCUUCUUGGCUGUAAUCCACUCAGUUCUUCCUCAGAUUAGUGUGAGGUGUUUCAGUUAUGCUUCAGGAGGAAACAGGUGAGAGGAGCUUUUUUUGUUCAGAUGAUCAUCUGUGAGGGAAAAGGUGGUGGUCAAGUGAAGUUAGAGCACAUUCAAAUGCACAGAACCAACUGUGACACUUAAUCUGCACAAUAAUGUCCAACUGCACGGAGUUAAAAGCACAUGCUAGUUGUGAUGAAAUGUCUGCCUUAGAUUGGGUGCUGCUGCUGGUGCGUAAACACAAUGAUGGAGUCAGUCAUCUUUCUGGCUGUUAAUGUGGCUGUGCCUUCCAUGUAACAUUUCAGUCUUUUACAUGUUCUUACAUUUGAGCUGAAUGGAGUAAAAAAAAACCCAAUA